CGCAACAUUUUAGUUCCUAAAGCCGACAAUAAGCUGCACUAGUGUGAUCAAAAUGGGUGCGCCAUUACAGUUGUUCCUCGAGGGAUGUGUAAUGUUUUCGACACCGAGUGCAUCGGCAAGAAUAAUGUGAUCACCCAGCCUGCUCUGGCAGUGCUGCUCUGCUGAAGUUGGACCAAAGCCUGCAGCGAGCACCGCCGAGGCCCAGUCGGCCGCCUCCGUCGGCGAUUUCGGCCCGAUUCGCGCCACACGCAGACACACACUGCAGCCCAAUUCGGAAAAAAAUAAGCAAAGGGGUCGGUGCACGUCGCGCGAGAAGCCAGCCGUCCCGCGCAGCAGCGGCCAGGUUCUGUGAGGCGACUUGAAGCACCACCAAGCAGCCGUGCGCAAGAUGCGAAGCGAAUCUGUGCACUGAGACGACUGAGGCAGCAUAGCGCAACAGUGAUGCGCUCAAAGACGGCCAGGUCUUCCCGCGUACUACCUCCCAAGAACUCGCAGAGCCCCGUUGUGAUACUCGGUAAUAAGAAGAAGCAGCAGACAGCGACCGGAAAGACUAAUGCGGCGGCCGUGCUCAAAACUAAGGCGCAGCCAAAGCUGGGCCGCAGCAGGGCCCCCUCCGGCGAGAAGCCUCUGCCCAAGGGCAAGCUGAAGAAGGCGGACGCAGCCGCCAAGGCGGAAGUGCCCGACAAGAAGAUGGAGCCUCCGACCACCGCGGCCGCCAAGUCCAAGGCCAAGAAGCUGGCCAGCCCGCCGCCCGCCAAGAAGAAAGCUGCCGCCGCCGCUGCCCCGAAGAAGGAGAAGGCGGCGCCGCCCGUCAAAAAGCCGCUGCGCAAGGUGAAGGCGCCGAAAGCGACGCCGGCGGCGCCGCGCACCCCUCCCAAGAAGCAGCAGAAGGAGGAGAAGCCGGCCAAGCCCAAGGGCGGCGACGAGCCGCUGCUGACCAAGGACGGCAAGGUGCGCAAGCGGGCGCCCUACAAGAAACGGGUCAAGGUCGAGCCGGCGAGCAUCGAGCUGACCGACUCGGCCAUCGCCAAAAUCCUCUCCAAAGCCAAAGAACCCAGAGGGACCAAAGAUAAAAAAGUAGCCCAGGCGAAAGAUGAAGCCCCCAAGAAACCAAAGGCCAAGCCGCCGGACGCCAAGAAGACGGCCGCCGCCAAGGCCCGCGAGGCCGCCGCCAAGGCCAAGGAGGCGGCCGCCGAGGAGAAGCGGCUCAAGUCGGUGGCCGCGGCCAAGGAGGCCGCCGCCGUCAAGAAGGACGCCGAGCCUGCCGCGGCCAAGGAGGUGAAGAAGCAGCCGGUCAGCAAGGCGAUGAACCCGCCCAAGAAGAGGGCCAUGGCGCCGCUCAAGAAGCGGCUCGUGGCCAGGGCAGCGAUCGACGAGGCGGCGCUGCUCGCGCAGGCCGCCCUGCCGCUCGACAAAAUUAAAGUGGAGAAGGAGCCACCGGCCAAGAAAACGGGUACCAAAAACACCAAACCACCGGCAGCGGCGAGCGGCAAAAAGGGCGGGAAAAAGACGGAGCCGUCCUCUUCGUCGGCGCCCAGCUCGCCAGAAGCACCAAAGGGGAAGAAGCGGGAGAGCAAGCCGCCGGCCAAAGCGAUCGCGCAGAAGAUGCUGCCACCAAAGAAGAGAAAUCUGCUGGGCCUGCAGCCGGCCAAGGCGACGAAGAAGGCCGCCGCCGAGUCGUCGAGCGGCUGGUCGUCUGAGGACGAGAAGCCCGAGCUGGACGUGUUCCGCUUCUGGGCCGAGCCCAAGAAGCACCGGGUGGCCAGUCUGAACGCGCUGGCCAAGGUGCACUGCCUGUACGAGAACGAGGCGUCGCGGCCGUCCGCCGAGAGCAACCACCUGUCGGCCACCACCACCACCACCACCACGCGCAGCAUCUCGCGGACCACCAAGUCUAGUCAGUGGUACGACAGCUCGUCCGAGAGCAGCACCAGCGGCUCAGAGUCCAUCCAGGGAGCGGUGGUGCCGUACCGCAGGGGCGCCAAGCCGGCCAAGAAGACCAAAAAGAAGAAGCAGCAGACCAAGCCGGUGGUGGAGGAGGAUGAUGAUGAAGACGACGACGACGACGAGGAAUCUGCUCCAUCUCCGCAGCCCAAGCAAGUGAAGCGAAAGAAGAAAAAGUGCGACAUGCUGAUGGACCUGAAGGACAUGGUGGUGCGCAAGCGGAUGGCCAGUCUGAACGCGUCGGCCAUGCUGGCCGCGACCUACUCGUUCGAGAAACGCACCCCCAGCAAAAACUGCACCACCACCGUGGAGGUGGUCGAGGUGAAGCAGUCGACGUCGAUCGACAAGAAGGCCGACGGCGACACCGUCUCCACCUCCUCCAUCAACAUGGUGCGCGUGCGCAAGAACAAGGUGCUGGCCGACGACAAGAAGAAGCUGAAGGAGUCGGUCAAGGCCGGCCGGCUGUCCUCGGACAAGAAGCGCAAGAAGAAGGACGAGAGCACGACGGACGACGCGUCGGCCGACGACCCUGACGAAGACAUUCCGCUCUCGAACGUGAUCAAGCUGCGCAGCCCCAAGAAGGUGGCGCUGAUCGUCAACGACACGGACGUCACCAUCACCGGCGUCUACGUCAACUCGCGCACCACCGAAGGCUACUGCAUCUCCGGCAUGGAGUACCGCAUCUCCUCGACGCAGACCAAAUCGACGACCAUGGUGCAGCCGCCGUCGCAGGUGGCCGCGUCCAGCCCCUCGUCCGAGUACGUGGCCCAACAGCACCACCACCUGCACCACCACCACCACCACCACAAUCCCGCCUCAGGGGCUGAAUCGGGUGUCUACCACUCGGCGGGCGGAGAGCGAGGAGAGCCGGCCGGCGUGUUUCUGAAGCCGGCGCCGCCGCAGAGCUACACUCCACUGGGUGCACUGUCGAGCAUGCAGCCGCCCGCCUCACUGCAGCAAGGGCCGCCUCCGCACCAUCCCCCGGGCCCGCUGCCGCCCCCGCCACCGAUGGGAGUGCAUCAUCCGCCGCCGCUGGGCAGCAGCGGCAGCGCCUUUUCGGCGCCCAUCUCUUCCGUGCCGCCGCCGCCGCCGACCCACGACCAGCCUCACUAUCUCCAAGGUUACUACCAGCCCGCAGGGCCCCUGAUCCACGCCGGCGCCGAGAUGUGCUGCGUGCCUCCGAAGAUAGCGGCGAGCAACCAUCCCGCGGCGCCCCCACCGCCUCCGUCGGCGCCGAACUCGGCCGUGAGUCCGCUGCUGAUCGCCACGUCGUCCGGGGCGCCGACAUCCGCGUCUUCUUCAUCGACGGAGGUGACGUCGACGUCGUCGACGCUGCCGUCGCGCAUCGUGUCGUCGCAGGUGUCGCCGUUCAGCUCGUACCAGCCGCAGUACGCGCCGCACUACAUCACGCACUACUCUGCGCCGCCGCAGUACGCGGUGCCGCCGAGCGCGCAGUACUACCACCCGCAGGCCAACCACCAACUGGUGGCCGCGACGCACCACCUGCCCCCGCCGCCGCCCCACCACGAGAUCUGCGCGUACAACUCGUGUUACGCGCCCCCGCACUACAAAUACCAGCCGCAGGUGACCUCGUACCACCCCAGGUACGCGCCCCCCACGCAGCACUACUUCCCCCACACCUCGGGCAGCAUCUACUCGGCGCCGCCGACCGCCUCCAUCUCCAACCCCAUGCACCCGCAGGGCCCGCAGAUGCCCUCGAGCAGCGCCUCCAAGCUCCCGGCGCCCUCCUCCUCGGCCGCCCCCACCUCCAUGUACCACCACCCGGCGCAGCAUUUGCCGCCCGAGCCGCCUCAUUACCAUUUCUACGCUGGCUACAGUCCGGGGGGACCUGCCGGGCCUUGUUAUCCCCAUCCGGCUGCCAGAGGAGUGGCUUUCAUGGAUUCACCGUACCAAACCUGCCCGUGUCCAAUGCAGUCCUGUUCAAAAAACGUACAUGCUGGGCCCCUUACUGGUGACAGUAAGGGGCCGGGACCGCAGGAGUCCCUCUUUGUGCUGCCGACGGCGGCGGCCGCAGCCCUCCCCGGAGAGUCGCUGGCGGGAGGUCACCCCCCGAGUCCGGCGCGUGGCAGCUCGGGAGGGCCGGCCGCCGCUCAGGGCACCCCUCCUCUCGCCGAGGAAGAGGAGGAUGAGGAGGAGGAGGAGCAGGUGACGCCACCCGCGUGGGUGGCGGCCGAACCGACGCCGCCGCCCUCGGACGACUCGUCGGCCGCGCGAGCCAGCUACUUCUACGACCAAGUGGACAACAGCGCCACUGACGUGAAUCAAAACUACAACCGCAAGCGCAAGCACGCCUUGAGCAGCUCGACGCCUCUGGGCGGCAAAAAGUCCAAGUUGCUGGACGCCUCGAGCACUCCUCCGCCUAAGACCUUUGACCAAAUCAACAAUAAUUGCACCACCGUGCCGCCGAACCUGAACGAGCCGCUGCUCAUCACCACCACCAUGCUAGCGGACGCGUCGAAAGUCGGCCAGUUCGACGACAUGUCCAAGGACGGCGGCGGCGCCGCGCUGCCGCUGACGCCGCCGACCUCGUCGGACACGUCGCCCUCCAUCAGCAGCAGAAGCAGCGCCGAGAAGGCCAGCAAGGCGCAGAGCAGCACUCCCGCCAAGGAGCAGUUCCAGGUGUUCGGCAGAUCUCUCGAAUCGUCUUCUUCGCCGAAGAACAACCAGAAGGACUCUUGCGAAACGACUCGGGAGAAGCCAGAGCUCGGGAGGAAGGCGAGGAAGAGGUCAGGCCAGAACACCAACUUCAAAAGGUCCAAGCGGGCGGCGUCAGCCUCGACCCUGGCUGCCGAGAAGGAGGCCGAAGAGUUGGCUCAGAAUGACUUGAUGAGAAUGAGAAAGUCGUUUCAACCAAAGUGGUCGAACGGUUGGACUUGGGAAGGAGAACCAUAUCAUGCCAAAGUCUUCCUUCGGAGUGACGAUCCUGCUGUGCUGCGGUAUUGCUAUCCUGCAAUGAGACACCCGACGGGCGACACAAUUCGGCCGAGGGACUGCAUACUCUUGAAAUCCGGGACCCGCAAAGGUGACCUCCCGUACGUGGCCAAAGUUACUGCUCUGUGGGAGAACCCUGAUGACGGCGAAAUGAUGUUGAGCCUUUUGUGGUUCUACCGGCCGGAGCACACGGAGCAGGGAAGGCAGCCGCACCACAUGGCGGAUGAGAUUUUUGCCUCCAAGCACAAGGACAGCAGCAGUGUUGCUUGCAUUGAAGACAAGUGCUACGUUCUCACUUUUAACGAGUAUUGCAGAUACCGAGCGAAAGCAAAGCAGAUGGAGGUUGGUGCCUCGCCUCGAACUUCGAUUGUUCCUCAACAAAGCCUGGAGGGGGAGUUUGCAGAACGCAGCAGCCGGCAACCUUUGUGCUUGGCCGCGCCCGACCUGGUCUUCUUCUGCCAGCGCGUGUACGACUUCCGCUGCAAACGCAUGCUGAAAAACCCAGGGGCCUAGACCACCACAUUAUCAGAAAGUGCAAAGGCUGUGCAGUUUUAGAGCCAUUGACUCCAGAUUCUUUUCAUUUCCUCUCUCUAUUCCUGGGUUGAACUUGACGAAAACAAAAACAAAGAAAGUGUUGCCAUUUCUCCUUUACCACGCAGACUAUGGAAAGUGUGAACUUUGAUGUUUACCCCCCCUUCCACCCCUAUUCUCUUUGAUUAAUCGAUUUUGUUGGUCGCAAGUAUUAUUUAUUUACCAGCUAGUUAGUGAUUUCCCAAAUACUACGUUAAUAUUAUUAUUUUAUUAGUUUGCAGAGCAGUACAAAACUGGAUUCUGUAGAAUUUGCACCUCAGUAAUCAAAACUCAGUUCACCCCAUCUUGUUACAGUUGAUUAUUUUGUUGUUAUGUUUUAACUGUCUGUUGCAUUCGCAUGGAUGGGGCCAUCGGGGCUUAUAUUUAAUAUAUAUGAUAAUUAUUGAUAAUUUAAUUACCCGAAAUGCGAGGUGGAGCUCAGGAAAUGUGUUCCGAGCACACUUUGGCAUGUAUUUUUCUGUGUUUGGCACUAGAGAAGCGCACUACUCUUUUUUAAUUGUUUGUAGUAGUUAGGCUUGCCCAUUUAUACACUUUUUUAUAAGUUUAAGUCGGUCUUUGGCGAAGUUGUCGGCGACACCAAUCGAUUCCCCAGGUUCGAAUUAAGUUGAGAGACUGGAAGUUCAGCGUAACGUCAAAUUUGUUUGGCGCCAAAACAGAUCGCUCUGAUAAGUCGAUCCCGGCGCGCGCGUGUCUUUGUGACGGCUAACUGACCGGUCAUCUACCCUACCGGGGGCUGGGUUUUAAUGUGUGCGGAUUUCCGACGGUCAGAAGUCAAUAUGGCGUCGAAAUAAUGGAGGCCAAUCAGAAGCGUCGAAAAAGAGGCGUGCCGACCUAAUAAUUUCAUUCCCGCGUAUUUUGCUACAUUUCCAUCAGUCUGAUGUGCCAUCUAACGGUCGAUUCGCCAAUCAACCGGCUAAUAGCUGUUAGUAAAUAAAUUUUAAUAACAAAAAUAUCAAUUUUGCUGAAGGGAUUUUCAUAAUAAAUUUUCCAUGUCAAUUUCAUUUUACGUUUGUAACUUUCCCGCCGUACUCUACCAGACGCCAUGUCUGCGCGUCGCGUGAAUCCACGGAUCCCAGUGAUUUGACGCAUGCGCCAUCUGCGCGAUCUUUUUUGGCGCCAAAAACAAACGUCCGGUUGGAAAACUUCGUCGCCUAACCUAAUUCAAACCUCUUGGAUUCGAUUGGUGUAAACGAAAAUUUGGUCAAAUCUUGGGCAACCUUUAAUUGGCGGAGCCCUAAAAAUUGUGAAUAGAAGGUUUCGCAGAGCCUGUUCAAAUCUUGUCAAUCUUUUUGGUUUUGUUUGUUAUUCACUUUCUGGAAAUUGUGAGUCGGACACUUACGUGAUCGAGAAAAAAACAAACUUAUAUUAUAUUAUUGGAGAGAAGUGUGCCGAGUUGAAAAUCAUCUGCUCCUUCGAUUGAAUUCCAUCUCAAUACACAACACACACACACACACAACUGUAUAUUCUUCUACUACCGUAUGUUAUCUAUUAGAGAGUAUUGAGAUGAAUGUUCAUUUUAUGUACAAUGAACAGGGUUCAAAACCCCUUUUACUGUUUAUAUAUCUGUGCAAAACAAAUAAGUUGUGCAGGCGUCAUGUUUUAAAUAAAUCGAUUGAUUGUUUCUCUCCUGAUGACACACACACACACGCAAGUUGGUCCUUUACCUGAUAAGAGCACAUCAUUUACACACACACAAAACCCUGCCUUAUGACGAGGAGACGAAAGAAGUGGAAAAUAAUUGAAAAAAAAAAUGUAAAAACUGCAGUUUUUAUCUUAGGAAUUUACAAAAUAGUGGUGUGCAUUUUAACCAGUUGAUCAUUUGCCUGCAUUUUUUAAUGGAAAAGCUGUAAGAUCGGUGUUGAUCAAAUGCGAUGAUUAUUAUAUAUUAUACAUUUAUAGUUGAUUAACUACUGAACAAUAUUUAGGUCUCAUUCCAUCAAACACGCCAAACGUAAAAUACGCGCAUUGUAGCAAAAAUCCUAAGCAUUGGCCAUUCAUUAAUUUGUGAAUUAUUAUCUCAGCAAAGAGUGUUUGAAUGUAAUGUUGUAUACUCUUAAUAAUCACACAAUUCAAAUUAAAACGGCAAAAAAAGAAUAAGAAAUGAAUACUAGUGGACUGCUUCUCUGAAAUAACACACACACAAAAUGUAUCAGUAAAGCGGAAGCAUGUGUAACAAGGAAAAUAUUUAUAUGUGUAUGUAAAUAUUAUUUAUGCCUUCAUAUAAUGUCAUAGUCGCAGUAGUUGUAAACACAAAUACACACAAUAAUAUUGAAACAAGAAGAAAUACUGAUAGAAUUUUUAGAGUUGGAAACAUGUGUAGUUAUUGAUACUGAUAAAAGCUAAUUUUUUGAAAUA